CAACAUGCAGAACAAACUCGGUCAGGAUCCACCGGUCACUUCAGUCCAGCUGAGGACAAAGACUUCACAGAGCUGCGGAGAACGUCUGACUCAGUCCAGGUCCAUGGUCCUGCAGGAGUCGGAUUUUACUCACAAACUGGUAAUUCAACACAAGCGUCUUCACAGGUCCAGGUCCUCACUUUUAUCUGGAGUUCUUUCACUAGAGGACAACUGGACUGUCUCGGUCUCUAGAAGACGUUUCACCUCUUCAUCCAAGAGUCUUCUUCAGCUCUAACCCACUGCUGGAGUGUUCUGGUCUAUGGCUGAACAUCUGGAAAGAGGGUCGUUGUAGUGAGGCGGAGAACGCACCCUGGUCCAGUGGCAGAAAUGUUGCGACCACCAGGGACAAGGUGGGGAGGGGAGAACCUUUCUGUGGGUGGAGCUUCUGCAGCGGCAGCAAAGGUCAGAGGUGAAGUCCUAAAUGUGGCCAAAAUUAAGCACCAUGGACAAAAACAGAAGAAGGUCUGGACUGGGAUGUGUCUGGUUCUGGACUCAGACCAGCUCUACUUUUACACAGAGCCAUCUCUGGAGCAGAGCGAUGUGGUCCAGCUGAGUGGAGCGGUGGUGCAGUGGGUGAAGGACAAGUCCAGUCGAGAAAACGUCUUUCAGGUGACCACAAGGACAGGAAGUGAGUUUCUUUUGCAGCUGGACACGCGGCCCACAGCCAGCAAGUGGUUUCAUGCCAUAGAGGAUGCCGUCCAAUCAUCGACGAGGUCAAAUUUGCAUCUGCGAAGAUCAAACAGUUCUGAGAACCUUCACAGACACCGACCUCCCACCGGACAAGGAACCACUGCCAACACAAAAAAGACCACUCCAGUCCACCGACGCUCCAUCAUUUUCAGAGGCUCAAAGUUGAAACACACUUCAUCUGAUCUGGACAAAACCGGAGUAAAAAACAAACUGAAGAAGUUCCUCAGCAGACGUCCGUCCAUGAAGACGCUCCAGGAGAAGGGCCUGAUCAAAGAUCGAGUGUAUGGCUGUGACCUCUUCACCCUGUGUCAACGCGAAGGAACGUGCGUCCCAUCGUUUGUCCAGCAGUGUGUGAACGCGAUCGACAAACGAGGUCUGGAAGUCCAUGGAAUUUACAGGGUCAGCGGAAACUUGGCAACAAUCCAGAAACUUCGGUUCAUUGUGGAUCAAGAGGAAAAGCUGGAUUUGGACCAGCCGCAGUGGUCUGAAAUUCACGUCGUCACGGGAGCACUCAAGAUGUUUUUCCGUGAACUUCCUGAGCCGCUGUUUCCCCUCCACUUCUUUCAGUCCGUCGUUGACGUCCUCAAUAUCAAAGAUGCCAAGGAAAAAGUUCAAAGGUUGAAGAAACUGAUUGAUGAUCUGCCGAGAGUCAACUACGAAACUGUGAAGCUGCUGUUUCUGCACCUGAACAGAGUUCUUAAGUUUUCCAGACAGAACCUAAUGUCCACUCAGAGCCUUGGGAUUGUGUUUGGCCCAACGCUGAUGUGGGCGGGGCUAGAAGCAGGAAACAUGGCGGUGAACAUGGUCUACCAGAGCCAGAUUGUAGAGCUGGUCCUGAUCCAGAGUCCUGGGAUCUUCAGUCUGGACAGGAAGUAACAGGAACUCAAAAAAUGUGAUAAAAAUAAAGAGGAAGCAAAAAAUCCAAAUAUGUUUUUUUU